UCAUUUAGUAAGGCGGGCAUAAGAUACUGAGACGGUACCGUAAAGUGAGGAUAACUGCUGCGCAUAAUCCCCACAAAACAGAGAAAUUUCUGUACGUGUGGAUAUGGUGACCGGAAAACAAAAUAAGCAAGAAUCCGUAUAACUAGCAAACUCCCGCCACCAUGUCGUCGUCCUCGCUGUCUCUCUCCUCUUUAUCAUCCACCACACACCACCGCCACCGCCGCCAAAUUCUUGCUCCGUCAUUCUGCAUCAAGAACUCUACUAACAACAAGCCACCAACCAGCAAACUAACCUCAUGGGUGAGCCCGGACUGGUUAACGUCUCUCACCAAAUCGGUCACCAUAUUAGGCCCAAAAGACGACUCCAACAUACCCAUUGCCAGUGCGAAGCUGGAGGAUGUGUCGGACCUCCUUGGUGGGGCUCUCUUUCUGCCGCUCUUCAAAUGGAUGAAUGAGUAUGGGCCCAUCUACCGUCUUGCCGCCGGGCCCAGAAAUUUUGUGGUGGUCAGUGAUCCUGACAUUGCGAAGCAUGUCUUGAGAAACUAUGGCACUAAGUACGCUAAAGGGCUUGUUGCUGAGGUUUCUGAGUUCUUGUUUGGCUCUGGUUUUGCCAUUGCUGAGGGGUCUCUUUGGACGGUAAGGCGGAGGGCUGUGGUUCCAUCGCUUCACAAGAAGUACUUGUCGAUAAUAGUUGAACGGGUCUUUUGCAGAUGCGCUGGGCAGUUGGUGGAGAAGCUAAAGCCCUAUGCACUCAAUGGGUCCGCUGUGAACAUGGAGGAGAAAUUUUCUCAGCUUACUCUUGAUGUUAUUGGGCUAGCUAUAUUCAACUAUAAUUUUGAUUCUCUUACAUCUAAUAGUCCUGUCAUUGAUGCAGUUUAUACUGCACUGAAAGAGGCAGAGCUCCGGUCAACUGAUUUAUUGCCAUAUUGGAAGAUUAAUGCUUUAUGUAAAGUAAUACCAAGGCAAAUUAAAGCUGAAAAGGCAGUUACUUUAAUAAGACAAACUGUUGAGGAGCUCAUAGCGAAGUGCAGAGAGAUCGUAGAAACUGAGGGUGAGAACAUAAAUGAGGAAGAGUAUGUGAAUGACACAGACCCGAGCAUCCUUCGGUUCUUGCUUGCUAGCAGAGAGGAGGUUUCAAGUGCCCAGCUAAGAGAUGACCUUCUGUCAAUGUUAGUUGCUGGUCACGAAACCACUGGUUCAGUGUUAACAUGGACGGCAUAUUUGCUUAGCAAGGACCCGUCCUCUUUGAGAAAAGCACAAGAAGAAGUUGAUAGAGUCUUGCAGGGUCGGCUUCCUACCUACGAGGACAUCGAGAAUCUCAAGUUCUUGAUGCGUUGCAUAACUGAAUCUAUGCGUCUGUAUCCUCAUCCACCUGUCCUUUUGAGAAGAGCUCAAGUUGCUGACGUUCUACCAGGGAACUACAAGGUGAACGCCGGUCAAGAUAUCAUGAUCUCAGUAUACAAUAUUCAUCACUCUGCGCAGGUAUGGGAAAGAGCAGAUGAAUUUGUGCCAGAAAGAUUCGACUUAGAAGGCCCAGUUCCCAACGAAACAAAUUCUGAUUAUAGAUUCAUCCCAUUCAGUGGAGGACCACGCAAAUGUGUAGGCGAUCAAUUUGCUUUGCUUGAAGCAAUUGUAGCACUUGCAGUACUUCUUCAGCACCUGAGCUUUGAUCUGGUCCCGAACCAAAAUAUCAGCAUGACCACUGGAGCCACUAUUCACACGACAAAUGGUCUGUACAUGAAAUUGACCGAAAGGCAAAUUGCAUCCGCUUUUGCUGCCGCAAAUUCAUAGAGUACAUGGUUGAUGAUUUAAUGUUUCCAGGAAGAGAGAUCAGGACUGAAAUUCAAUUACCAGAAGUAAUACAUUAUCCUUGUUUUCGACUAGUCCUAUGUGGGAUAAGUAAAAAAGUUGAGUCAUUAUUUUAACAGUUACCACUAGAAAAAAUUGCAAAUGUUAUAGUAAUAGUCAUCAUACUGUGUGGUCUUAUGGGAAACAUCGACGUUUCGUCAUUCACAUACUUGAUCAAUGUAUAAUUAAAUUAUUACAGCUUUGGAAGCUAUGUGUAAUAAUGAAAUUUACAAUGUGAAGCAGCUUCAUUGUACCCAGAAAACAAGAUUAGCAUCA